AUGAACACCCAAGAAAAUAAAGAAACUUUGGCAGAAAGAAAGAAAAGAUACAUUUUAGAACAUGAUGCCAAGUUUGAAAAACUAAAAGAUAAAAACGAUACAGUUGGAAGGUUUAAAUAUUUAUUGGAUUUAACUGAUUUAUUUCGCCAUUUUAUCACAGUUCGAGCUAAGAAUGAUAAAAACAUACAGCUACUACUAAAAUCAUUAGACUCAACUAGUAAAAAGACAUCUGAUAAUAACUUUCGUAUGAAAAAAAAGGGUAUAGAUCAUACUAAGGGUAGACAUCGGAAAACAGAAAAGGAAGAAGAUCAAGAAAUUUUAAUGAUGGAAGAAGAUUCAGAAUUAGAAGACAAUGAUGAUGUGAUUCCACAUGAAUACGAAUUUUUCAAUGAGUCUCCUACAUAUAUCAAAGAUGGAAAAUUAAGAGACUAUCAAGUACAGGGCUUAAAUUGGUUGAUUUCGUUACAUAAGAAUAAACUAAGUGGCAUUUUGGCUGAUGAAAUGGGGUUGGGUAAAACUCUACAAACCAUUUCCUUUCUAGGUUAUCUAAGAUAUGUAAAUAAGAUAGAUGGUCCAUUUUUAAUAAUUGCCCCCAAAUCAACUUUAGAUAAUUGGAAAAGAGAGUUUGCUAAAUGGACUCCCGACAUCAAUGUUGUAGUUUUACAAGGGGAUAAAGAUGAAAGACAUGCGCUAAUAUCAAAUGUAAUAAUGCAAGCUAACUUUGAUGUUGUGAUUGCAUCUUUCGAAAUCGUUUUAAGAGAAAAAAAUGCUUUAAAGAAAAUUUGCUGGCAAUAUUUGGUCGUCGAUGAAGCACACCGUAUUAAAAAUGAACAAAGUGCGUUAUCACAAAUUAUUAGAUUGUUUUAUUCAAAAAGUAGAUUAUUAAUUACUGGCACACCACUACAAAAUAAUUUACAUGAGCUAUGGGCUUUGUUGAAUUUUUUGCUACCAGAUGUUUUUGGUGAUAGUGCAUUAUUUGAUGAAUGGUUUAAUAAUUCGGAGAGUGAACAAGACCAAGACCUUAUUGUACAGCAACUACAUACCAUCCUAAGUCCCUUUUUAUUGAGAAGGAUUAAAGCUGACGUAGAAAAAUCUUUAUUGCCUAAGAUUGAAACCAAUGUUUAUGUUGGCAUGACAGACAUGCAACUUAAAUGGUACAAAAUGUUACUAGAAAAAGAUAUCGAUGCAGUUAAUGGCGCUGUGGGGAAAAGAGAGGGGAAGACAAAAUUGCUAAAUAUUGUGAUGCAAUUGAGAAAAUGUUGUAAUCAUCCAUAUCUCUUCGAAGGAGCAGAACCUGGUCCUCCAUAUACUAAUGACGAGCAUUUAGUUUUUAAUUCAGGGAAAAUGAUUAUUUUGGAUAAAUUAUUGGAAAAAAAAAUGGAACAAGGCUCAAGAGUCUUGAUUUUCAGUCAAAUGAGUAGAUUGUUGGAUAUUUUGGAGGAUUAUUGCUACUUAAGAGGAUAUGAAUAUUGCAGAAUUGAUGGCUCUACUGCGCAUGAAGAUAGAAUUAAGGCCAUUGAUGACUAUAAUGCCCCUAAUUCAAAAAAGUUUAUAUUUCUAUUGACUACACGUGCGGGCGGUUUAGGUAUUAAUUUAGUGACUGCAGAUACUGUUAUAUUAUACGAUUCUGAUUGGAACCCACAAGCAGAUUUGCAGGCCAUGGAUAGAGCGCACAGAAUUGGUCAAAAGAAACAAGUGCAUGUUUUUAGAUUUGUUACUGAGCAUGCCAUUGAAGAAAAAGUUAUUGAGCGGGCGGCCCAAAAAUUAAGAUUGGACCAAUUGGUUAUCCAACAAGGUAGUGCUAAUAAUGGUGUUGGUGCAGCUUCCAGUAAAAACUCAUUGGCCAAUUCUAAAGAUGACUUGUUAGACAUGAUCCAGUAUGGUGCUAGGGAUGUAUUUGAUAAUAAAGCCGUUAAGAUUAGUUCUGAUGCCGAUAUUGAUAAAAUUUUGAAAAAAGGUGAGCAAAAAACUAAAGAAUUAAAUGCCAAAUAUCAGGCUUUAGGAUUAGAUGAUUUACAAAAAUUCAAUGGAUUAUCAGAACACUCUGCUUAUGAAUGGAAUGGCACAAACUUCCAAAAAAAAAAAGUGGCUUCGCCAUUAGAAACAUGGAUUAAUCCAAGUAAAAGAGAACGUAAAAGAAGAAACGACAUCCAAAGUUAUUCUGUUGAUGAUUACUACAGAGAGGUUAUGCACAAAGCCAGUAAUAGCUAUAAUAAAUCAAAAGACGACAAUGAUGCUGAGCAUGGUGGCAGCAACAAUAAUAAUAAUGGUGAUCAUAGCUUUUCACAAGGCAGAGCUCCAAGGGCGCCAAAGGGUACUUUAAUGACAGACUAUCAAUUUUUCCCACAAGAAAUCAAAGAAUUGGACGAAAAGGAAUUGUUAUAUUUUAAAAGGAAAAGCAAAUAUAAAGUCACUAAGUAUGAUAUAAUGGAUGAUGUCAAUAUUACUAAUGAUGAUGAAGAUGAUGAAGAAGAUGAUGAAGAAGAUGAAGAUGAAGAUGAUGUUGAUGAUGAUGAAGCUGACGGUGGUGAAGUUGAUGAUGAUGAAACUGCUGUAGACGAGACAAAUGAUGGCACUGACAUUGCUGCUGAAUUGGGUGAUGAUUCUAAGGGGGGAAAUAGGAGCAUUACAGCUACUGAAACACCUUGCUCCGCCUUGAAUGGUAGUAACGAGGGGGGAAAUAAGAAUGAGGAACAAGGAAAAAAUGUUGAAGGAGACGCUGGCGAAAAAGAAAAGAAUAAUAAAAUAGGUAGUCGAACUGAAGAAGUAGAGUUAUCUUUAGAUGACAAAAUUAAGCUUGAGCAAGAGAAAAUAGACAAUGCUUCUGAAUUUACAGAAGAUGAUAACAAAAAAAGGCAAGAACUAAUCCAACAGGGUUUUAGUAAUUGGUCCAAAAGAGAAUUUACAACCUUGGUCAAUGCUAUGGCGAAAUUUGGCAAAGACCAAUACAAACCUAUUGCUUCAAUGCUAACCAAUAAAACAGAGGAUGAUGUAAGGAAUUAUUGUAAAGUUUUCUGGGAAAGAUAUAAGGAGAUUAAUGGAUACGAAAAAUAUAUAUCAUUAAUAAACAAAAAUGAAAAAAAAUUAAAACUAUUAAGACACCAAGAAUUAUUACUUAAACAAAAAAUGGAAAAUUGUAAAUCACCAAUACAUGAUUUUAAUAUUCAAUAUCCACCCAAUAAUGCAAGAAGAACUUACAAUACCCUGGAAGAUAGGUUUAUUUUGAUGCAUGUUGUUAAAUAUGGAUUAUUUUCCGAAAAUGUUUUUGAAAUCAUACGUCAAGAUAUUUUAUCUAGCAGCCUAUUUCAAUUCGAUUGGUUUAUAAAAACAAGAACUGCCCAUGAACUUUCUAAAAGAGUUUAUACGCUAUUGACCAUAAUAACAAGAGAAAUUGAGGGUCCUGAAAGUAAUAAUGCUACUAAAAGGAAAAAAGCAAAAACUAAGGAAAACAUUUCCUCUUUGAACAAUUCUAACAAACAACAGUAUAGUAACAAAAAGGUUAAAACUGAGUAA